UCGAAGUCCGCCAGUAGAACUGAGGGUAUCGAGGAGAUAUAAAGCUCACUUCCAUUCCCCUAUCAUAUUGCCCUCUAUUCACCGGUUUAAACCAGCCUCGAAGGCAGAACAACUCACCAGCAUACAUUCUUUCCCCAGCUUUGACAGCCACAACACAUUCAUUCAUUCGUUCACCAUGCGGAUCUCCGCCGUCCUCCUCCUUUCGUUCUUGUCGAUCGUCUCGGCCGCCCCCAUCGCCGAGCCGGAAGCCGAGCCGUGCACAUCCGCCGGUGCGGCCCAUGUACAUGGCCUUGCCGUGCCGUCCAUUGCUGCUGGAUCUCCGGUAGUUGCCCUUCCGAGCGGUGCUUCGAAGCCUCCGGCUUCGCCGUUCACUCCCAGUGCGACAGAUACUCCAACCACUGGCACUCCCACCAUCCCUGAUUUGAGUGGACUUACUGGAGGCACUACUACUGGCGUCGCCGGUGGUCUUAGUGGGCUGAGUGGUCUCGGUGGACUCGGUGGAACGACUGGUACUGGUACUAGUACUACUGGUGGUCUCGGGGGUCUCAGUGAACUCCUAAGUGGUCUCGGCGGAGGUACUGGUACUGGUACUGGUUCUGGUGGGCUCAGUGAACUCAUAAGUGGUCUCGGCGGAGGUACUGGUGGAAGUACCAGUGGUCUCGGGGGUCUCAGUGGCCUUGCAGGCCUCGGUAGCGGCACAGCACUUCCCACCGGUUUAGCCGCGGCCAGCGGCUCCACUGUGGCCCCCUCAGCCGACGGCUGCCCUCCUCUCGAGCUCAUCUUCGCCCGCGGUACGACCGAGCCGCAGGGCCUCGGAACUGUCGGUUCCCCGCUCGCCAAGAAUCUCGCCUCCCUCCUCCCCGGCGCAACCUCGUACGCCGUCGUGUACCCAGCCAGUGCAGACUUCCUGGGGUCAGCUGGUAAGGGAUCCACCGACGCCACCGCGCGUAUCACCGCUCGCGCAAAGGAGUGUCCCAGCAUGAAAUUCGCCAUCGGCGGUUAUUCCCAGGGAGCAAUGGUCGUGCACGGCAUGAAGCUCAGCGACGACCUCAAGGCGCGAGUCGCUGCGAUCGCCGUUUUCGGUGAUCCAUACACCAGCAUGAGCGGCAGUGGCAUGGCAGCAUGGCCUAUCACAGAUGCCACGAACGUAUACAAGAACUGCAAGUCGGGCGACCCGGUGUGCGGUGGUGGCGCCAACUUCAUGGCGCAUCUGGGUUAUGGGCCGGAUAUUCCUACUGCGGCCAAGUUCAUUGUCGAAAGGGCGGCUUAAACGGAGGCUGUGCGGGAGGGAAUUGAAGAGUUGUUGAUGUUGGAGGCCGGAACUUGGUGUCUGCGCGGGAUUGUAAAAUAGUUGUAACGAUGGGGUCCCUCGAGGGCGACGUG